CCCGCUCUUCCGAUCUUGCCGCUGGCCGGGCUGGGCCGCUACGCGCUGCAGUGGCCCGGCACCUGGUGCUUCAUCAGCGCCGCCGGGGGCAGCGCCUUCGCCGCCGCCUUCGCCGCGCUGGGGCUGCUGGCCCUCGUGGUCACCGGCGCCUGCAACCUGGCCACCAUCGGGGCGCUGGUGGCUCGCUGCCGCGCCAAGGCCCGCGCGGCGCAGCCCGGCCAGCGCUGGGGCCGCAUCGCCACCGAGACGCUGCUGCAGCUGCUGGGCAUCAUGUGCGUGCUGACCGCCUGCUGGUCACCGCUGCUGAUCACCAUGCUGAGGAUGGUGGCGGAGCAGGCGGCCGGGCCGAGCCGGGGCGGCGCGCGGCGCUGGGAGCAGCAGGAGUGGCACCAGGACUGCCCAGGCUGCCGCAGGCCCUGUAUCACCAUGCUGAGGAUGGUGGCGGAGCAGGCGGCCGGGCCGAGCCGGGGCGGCGCGCGGCGCUGGGAGCAGCACCAGGAGUGGCACCAGGAGUGGCACCAGGAGUGGCACCAGGAGCGGCACCAGGAGCAGCAGGAGUGGCACCAGGAGUGUGACCUGUCCCUGACCGCCGUGCGCCUGGCCUCCCUCAACCAGAUCCUGGACCCCUGGGUGUACCUGCUGCUGCGCAGGAUCCUGCUGCGCCGCUUCUGCCAGGCUGCCAGCGCCGUCUGCAAGGGCUCCAGCACCGAGUGCAGGGACAGGGACAGGGACAGGGACAGGCACAGGGACAGGGACAGGGACAGGGAUGGCGACAGGGACGGGGACAGGGACAGGGACAGGGACAGGGACAGGGACAUCACCCUGUCCCACCAGAUCUGCCGGACCGCAGCCUGAGGGGACCCCACAGUGGCCUCAGGGCACAUUGCCACAGCUCCAGGAGCCUGGAAACCCUCGUGGGGAUCUGCCCCGUGCUGGCACCCCCUGACCGUAUCACUGCUGUGCCCAGAGUGCCACGUUGUUCCUGCAGGGUGCCACAGGUGCUGGGAUACAGCAGGGCAGGACACUCCGGGGGCAUCGGUGGCUGAGCUGCACCACGGGGUAAGGACAGUCCAUGGUCACUGCAGAGUGGGAUCA